AUGUUGAAGUCUGGUGCCAACAUGGGAAAGCUGUUCACAACCUUUAUUAUUAUGCAGAUCUUACAGAGCUGCUCAGGAAUACAUGGAAAGCAGACACCACUAUUUCAGUUUACACAAACAGUAUAUAAUACCACAAUAUAUGAAAACUCAGCGGCCAAAAGCUAUGUUGAAUGUCCAAUUAAAAUGGGAAUAUACAUCACAGACCAGCCAUGGGAUAUUCAAUACAAAAUCGAAUCUGGAGAUGGAGUGGCUUUAUUCAAGGCUGAAGAGUAUGUACUUGGAGACUUCAGUUUUCUGCGAAUUAGAACCAAAGGAGGGAUCUCUGCUGUACUCAACAGGGAAGUGAAGGAGCACUACUCAAUGACAGUCAAAGCUCUACAACGGAGCACCAAUGCUGUCACUCAGACAAGAGUUCAAGUACGAGUUCUGGACACCAACGAUCUCCGGCCUCUCUUCUCACGUACCUCCUACUCUGUCUCUGUUCCUGAAAAUGCUGCCAUCAGAACAACAAUCGUGAGAGUCACCGCCACCGAUGCUGACAUCGGCACAAACGGAGAGUACUAUUUCAGCUUGCGAGGAGAACGCACUGACAUGUUCGCCAUUCAUCCCACAAGUGGGGUGAUCACUCUGAUGGGCAAGCUACAUUACGCUGAGCAGAAGCUGUUUGAGAUGGAUGUCUUGGCAGUAGAUCGGGGAAGGAAACUCUAUGAGAGCAGUGAGAGCUUGAUCAGCACAGCCAGGCUUAUCGUCAGUGUACUACACGCCAAUGAGCACGCUCCCAUCCUCACCGCUGUCCCCUUAGUUCCAUCAAAGACAGACACAGAUCCUAUAUAUGCACUCGUGACCGUGGGAGACAAUGAUCAAGGGUCUAGUGGUGAGAUUGCCUCGCUGAGUAUAGUUGCUGGGGACCCACUCAGGCAGUUUAGAACAGUGAGACGGAGCCCCGGUGGAAAAGAAUAUAGUAUCAAAGCCAUUAAGGAUGUGGACUGGGAUAGUUGUGUCUUUGGAUGCAAUCUUACACUUCAGGCCAAGGAUAAAGGUAGCCCACCGAAGUUCUCCUCAGCUGUGGUCGUUAGAGUGCGACCCACACAUGUUGAUGUACGGGCUCCUUCUUUCCAGGAGAGUGUUUACAGGAUUAACCUGACAGAAUUUGCCCCUCCUAACACUUCUGUUGUAGUGGUCAGGGCUACGCCAUAUCACCCCAUGUUAAAAUACUCAUUAAAAUACCCUAAGAUCCAAAAGGAAACUCUUCCUUUCGAUAUUAAUUCAAACACAGGCUUGAUAACAACAACUGCAGCUCUCCAAGCUGACUAUGCCAGCCAGUAUGAAUUUGAGGUGAUUAUUAAUCAGGGAAAAGCAUCAACCAGGGUGGUCGUCGAGGUGCUUGACAUGAAUAAUAAUGCGCCCGUUUUUCAGGAACCAGCCUAUAAGGGCAGUGUUGAUGAAAAUGUGCCAGUAGGGACCAGCCUCCUCACGGUCAGUGCUAGUGACCUGGAUGACGGAGAGAACGGUUUCGUUACAUACGCCAUCGUCAGCGUAAACACACCACAGCCUUUUACCGUAGAUUACUUCACAGGCGUCAUAAGCACUGCCAGGGAGUUGGAUUAUGAGCAGAUGCCACGGGUUUACAAUCUCAGAGUCAGAGCUUCAGAUCGGGGCUCUCCUUUCUGCCGUGAGGUGGAGGCUACAGUCGCUAUUGCACUCAACAACAUCAAUGACAACGAGCCUUUGUUCGAGAAGAUCGACUGUGAAGUGAAUGUACCAAGAUACUACAGGGUUGGGGAGCAGAUUAUCUCAUUGUCUGCUAUUGAUGUCGAUGAUAUGGAGGUGGUCCAGUACGUAAUCACAGGUGGUAACAGCCUUGGUCUUUUUGACUUGGCACCAGACACGGGGGUGUUAUCGCUCACGUUAGCCUUACAUGACGGUGAUGCUGCCAGGUUGACCUUUCACUCUCUAGAAAUCGUUGCCAGCGAUGGAGAGAUUUCAAGUAAGCCGAUGUUUGUCAACAUCACAGUCCUGUCUGGUUCUGGAGCAAUUGUCGAACGCUGUGUUGAUACGGGAGUGGUUGGGCGUCUUGCUGAGAAGCUGCUUUUUGCCACCAAGCUAAAUUCCCAAAGGGAGCCUGAAGAUCAUUUUGAGGACGUUCAUUCAAUCAAUAAUUAUUCUCCACAAUUUGUGGACUCGGCUCCUAACAUCAUUGAUGUUAAAGAGGACCUUCCAGUUGGAACAAGAAUAGCUCACCUAAGCGCUGUAGACGCAGACUGCGGCUUCAGUGGGACAUUGAUGUUUGUGAUAUCUGGGGGAAAUGUUGAGAGUCGUUUCAUGAUUGAAAUGGACACUGGUUGGCUCAAGAUUCUGGAGUCAUUAGACAGAGAAACAACUGAUCAAUAUACUCUCAACAUAACUGUAUUUGAUCUGGGCAAACCACAGGGGUCUGCGUCACAUGUGUUACAGAUCACUGUCCUGGAUUCAAACGACAACAGCCCACACUUUCUCCAGAGUAGCUACUCUUUAUCUAUCAGGGAGGAUACGGAUGUAGGAACAGCUGUUAUUCAGGUGGAUGCCACAGAUAAAGAUUCAGGGGCUAACGGAAUCAUCCGGUAUUCAUUCAUGGCUAAGUCUGAUCACUUUGCCAUAGAUGAGCAAACAGGGGUUGUGAUGGUUAAAAGUCCGUUAGACCGGGAGCUAAAUCCAACAAUUAGCUUAAAGGUUGUGGCCUGUGAUCAGGCAGAGCAUGAACCGCGGAUGAUUUCCACAGUAUCUCUGAAGGUGGUGUUGGAGGAUGUCAACGACAACCCUCCUGUGUUUUUCCCCCUCCAUCAUCGUGUGAAGGUGCGUGAGGACCUCCCAGUAGGGACGGUGGUGGUUUGGCUACAAGCCCAUGACCCUGACCACGGUCAGUAUGGACAGUUGCGUUUCAGCCUGCUGGUUGACGGAGAUGGAGAUUUUGAUAUUGAUAAAACAAAUGGCGCUGUUCGUAUAUCAAGGAACCUGGACUUUGAGAGGAGACAGGUGUAUAACCUGACGGCUCAAGUCAAGGAUAAAGGGAAACCUGAGUCUUUGUACUCCACCUGUUUUAUCGAAUUCUACAUAGUAGAUGUGGAUGAGAAUCUGCAUCAGCCGCAAUUUGCCUCAUUUGUUGACAAGGGAAGUGUGAGAGAAGAUGCUCCUAUUGGCACAAGUGUAAUGACAGUUACAGCACAAGACAAUGACCGACAGAGAGCUGGAGAAAUAAGCUAUUCUGUGAGGGGGGGAUCAGGCCUCGGAGUGUUUACCAUCAAUGAAGAGAGUGGUGUCAUACAGACGCAGGAACUUUUAGACCAUGAGACCACCAGUGGCUAUUGGCUGACCAUCUACGCCACGGACCUAGGCGUGGUACCUCAGUCCUCCUUUGUUGAGGUCUACAUUGAGGUUGAAGAUAUCAAUGACAAUGCGCCACACACCUCAGAGCCGGUCUACUACCCUGAGGUCAUGGAGAACUCUCCCAAGGACGUGUCUGUCAUCCAGAUGGAGGCGACGGACCCUGACUCUGGAAACAGUCAGCAGCUUUCUUACAAGAUAACUGGUGGGAACCCGCAGGGAUUCUUCAGCAUCGACCACCAGACCGGUUUGGUAACAACAACUUCUAGAAAAUUGGACCGAGAGCAGCAAGAGGAACAUACACUAGAGAUCACGGUGACGGAUAAGGGUGUCCCGGCCAGGUCCACAGCUGUCCGGGUGGUGGUCAGGGUUCAAGACGAGAACGACAACACUCCUCAGUUCCUGGAGAAGCUCUCUAAGAUCCAGCUCCCAGAGAGGGACAGAGACAGGUCAGAGAGGGACAUAUUAGAAACAGGUGGGCCAACAGAUGGGAGGGGAGAGCCCAUCUACAGGGUCAUCGCCUCUGACCGAGACACAGGCCCAAACUCUGAGCUCACCUACACUAUCGAAGAGGGAGACGAGCAAGGGCGGUUCUUCAUCGAACCCAAAACCGGGCAUGUGUCCUCCAGAGAGGUCGUCUCAGCAGGACAAUAUGACAUCCUCACGAUUAAAGUGGUGGACAAUGGAAGACCACAGCGCUCAUCCACCUGCCGGCUGCACAUUGAGUGGAUUGAGAAGCCAGAGCCUUCCUCUGAGCCCCUGGUGUUCACCGAGACGUCCCUCUCCUUCUCCGUCAUGGAGACUGACCCAGUGGCUCACAUGGUGGGGGUCAUCUCCACCCAACCCAUGGACCGACCUGUUUGGUUCAAAAUCACAGGUGGCAACUCUGACAGCCAGUUUGACGUGAGCAAGGGCAGUGGAACCCUGAUUUUAGCCGAGCCUCUCCAUGCAGAACCCAAAACAAAUUACAGCCUGACAGUGGAGGCAACCGAUGGAACCAGAUCCAUCAGCACCCAGGUGUUCGUCAAAGUGAUUGACACUAACAACCACCGGCCCGAGUUCUCCCGACUCCGGUAUGAGGUCCACAUCCCAGAGGACACAGCACCAGAAACAUGCAUCCUACAGCUCAGGGCCACAGACAAAGACGACUGGAACAAGCUGUCCUUCACCCUGCUGAGCAGCACUGAUCCCAGCAGCCAGGGGAGGUUCAGACUGGAGCCUGGGACGGGAAAGCUCUACACCGUACAUCCAUUGGACCACGAGGUCAUGAAGAGACACACCCUCACAGUCAUGGUGCGAGAUGAGGGUGUCCCUGUGAAGCGUAACCUGGCCAGGGUGAUAGUCCACGUGGAGGACAUCAACGACAACCCCCCAUGGUUCACUGGCCCCCCGUACUCAGGCCAGGUGUUGGGGUCAGCCUCCGUGGGAUCCUCUGUGCUGCAGGUUUCUGCUCUGGACAGAGAUAAAGGAAGCAAUGCAGAGAUCCGAUACAGCAUAGAGUCAGGUAAUGAGGGCAAGUUGUUUGCUAUUGAUCCAGUUCUGGGGACCAUUAAAGUGGUGAAGAAGCUUGAUGAUGAAGACAAGAGGCAGUUUGAGCUGGCUGUAAAGGCGUCAGACAGAGGAGAGCCUCCGCUGAGUGUGGUGACAACUGUGUGCAUCGCCGUGACUACGCCAGAUAACGCCAGGCCCAGGUUCCCUCAGGAGGAGAUAUCAGCUGUUAUCAGCGAGACAGCCCCUGUAGGGAGCUUAGUGAUUCUAGUCUCAGCAUCAAGUCCCUCCUCUGUCCUCUACCAGAUCAGAGAGGGGAACAUCAACAGUGCCUUUGAUAUCAAUCCAAACUCUGGUGCUGUUGUCAUUCAGAGGCUGUUGGACUAUGAGACCGUGUCCUCCUACAGACUGAGGGUGCAGGCCACCAACAUGGCCGACAUGGUGUGCUAUGCUACUGUCCUCGUUCACCUCAGAGAUGAGAAUGACAACAAUCCAGUUCUCACUCGGACGGAGUACAGAGGAGUUGUCAGUGAGUCUGCCCCCGUAAACACUAUGGUGCUAACCAGUGAAAACUCACCUCUGGUUAUUCAAGCCACUGAUUCUGACAGUGAUCUCAAUGGCAGGUUAGUGUACCACAUUGUGGAGCCGUAUGCCCUUGACUACUUUGCCAUUGACACCAGCACUGGGGCUAUUCACACUGUCGCCGGCUUGGAUUAUGAACAGAGGUCAGAGUUCAACUUCACGGUACAGGUCCAUGACAGUGGUAAGCCACAGCGUUUCGCGGAGAGCAUAGCCCGUGUCGCCAUCCACGUCACUGAUGUCAAUGACUGCCCCCCAAAAUUCAGCCAAGACUUGUUUGAGACGUCUGUCGUGGUGCCAACAUACACGGGAGUGAAGGUGAUUUCUCUUCAUGCCACCGACGAGGACUUACGAGCUGGUUCCAAACUGAUGUUCUCAAUCACUGAUGGAAACAUAGGAGGCAAAUUUAUGAUUGAUUCCACUUCUGGCGUUAUCUUAGUUCAGAAUCCGAACCAUUUGCGGAAUAGGUACACGUUAACUGUCAGAGUGUCCGACGGCAGGUUCUCCAAGACCGCCCUGGUCAAAGUGACCGUAAGAGAGAACAAAAACAGUGAUUUGAAGUUUACCCAGGACGUGUACACAGCCUCUGUACCGGAGAACACAUCUGAGAGGAAAACUCUGGCUGUGCUGACUGCCGUUGCUGCUAGAAACAAAGUAAAGAAGCCCCUGUUUUACACCAUCCUGAAUCCACAGGGGAGGUUUGAGAUUGGACACACCUCCGGUGUGCUGUUUACCACUGGAGUACCUUUCGAUCGAGAGGAACAAGAUACAUUUGAGGUAGUCGUGGAGGUGACAAAGGAGGAGAGAUCCUCAGGUGUUUCCCAUGCUGUUGUGGUGGUGACUGUUGAAGAUUUGAAUGACAAUGAGCCGGUGUUCAUGGGCCUCCCCUACUCAGUCCUGGUCCCCUUACACUCAGAAGUGGGUCAGGCUCUCAGGCAGGUAACUACAGUGGAUAAAGACACAGGCAGGAAUGCAGAGAUCAUGUAUCAGCUAAAAGAAGACCAGGGAUAUUUUCAGAUCAGCCCCUCGGGAGACAUCUCUCUCAAAAGGACUAUUCAUCCAAAAGACGUAGACGCUGGGUUUGCAAUCGUCGUCGUUGCUAAAGACAGUGGGGAAACGGCUCUCUCAUCUACUGUGGUGGUGGAAGUGACAGUUCUGAACAAAGCUGUGCCCGUGUUUGAGAAAUCCUUCUAUAGCAUCGUUAUCCCAGAGGAUGUUCCGUUAGAUACCUCUGUUGUUCAGAUCCUGGCAAAUUGCUCCGAGGGACUGAAGUCUGUGUACAGCAUCGCUGAAGGAGACCCGUUUGAUCAGUUCUCCAUUAGUUUAAUCACUGGUGUCUUACGUGUUAUACAGCCUUUGGACUACGAGUCCCACCCAGCAUACCGACUUAGCGUCCGAGCCACAGACUCACUGACAGGGGCUCACUCUGAAGUGUAUGUCGACGUCAUCUUAGAGGACGUCAAUGACCAGGCUCCGACUUUCAAAGAGAGUCUAUACGAGGCCGAUGUGUCAGAGUCUCUUGCAGUUGAUUCUCCGGUGGUACAGGUUUCUGCCAUAGACUCGGACUCAGGCAGCAACAAAGUGCUGUUUUACCAGUUAGUGGAGGAGGGCGGUGGCGCCUCAGACCACUUCAGCAUUGACCGGGACAGUGGUCUGAUUAGGAUUUCUGCCACAUUAGAUUACGAGGUAGAACCACGGCACAGGUUGGUGGUGAGAGCUGUGGAUGGAGGUAUCCCGGCCCUGUCCACUGAGGUCCCGGUCAUCAUCUCAUUGACGGACAUCAACGACAACCCGCCGAUGUUCACUCAGUCUCUGUACGAGGCCACGGUCAGUCAGCUGGCCCCAGGGGGCCAUUUUGUGGCCCGUGUCAGGGCCUCGGAUGCCGACCUGUCAGACACUGACCGCCUGGAGUACUCCCUGCUCUCGGGAAACGAGGACCACAGCUUCACCAUCGACAGGAGGAGUGGGGAGAUUAUCACAUCCAACCACUCCAGGCUUGACGCAAAGCCGUUCUACAGGCUCAGUGUGUCAGUGUCUGAUGGUGUUUAUAGGACCUUAUCUAAAGUCCAGGUGGCCGUGAUCAGUUCAAACCUCCACAACCCCUUCUUCUCCAGUAAUGACGGCAUUGUAGAGCUGUUGGAGAACUCGCCUGUUGGCACGUUGGUCAGUCAAGUUACAGCCACUGAUGAAGAUCCAGGGGUAUAUGGCGAGGUGACAUAUUACAUAGUGAAUGACAACGCGAAGGACAGAUUUACAAUCAGUGAACAUGGAGAGAUUUUCACUGUGGAAAACUUAGACAGAGAGAAUGUAAUUGAUAGGCUUGUCUCAAUUAGUCUGAUGGCUAUUGAUGGAGGGGGAAAGCUAGGCUUUACGUCUCUCAACGUGAUCCUAACAGAUGUUAAUGAUAAUUAUCCUCAGUUCGGACAAGUAGAAUAUGCAGUCAGUAUUCCCCAGGGUCUCCGGGAAGGGACAGUCAUAGUCAGAGUUGCAGCUGUGGAUGCGGACGAAGGAAGCAAUGCUGACAUCACUUACACUUUAGAAUCUGAGGUGGGAGGUUUCAACAUUGAUCCUCUUAGUGGUGAUAUAAUCACAGUAGAAAACCUUAUGGCUUCUACAAGUGACUUGUUUUCCUUUUAUGUAAGGGCUACGGAUGGCGGAAAGCCACCGAAACAGUCUGUGGUGCCAGUCUAUAUUAGACUACUGCCAAAAGAUGUGGUUGUCCCGAAGUUUCAGUUGCAGCAGAGUUUGUCAUUCAGUGAGGAUCUUCCUAUAGGUUCUGAGAUCGACAUCUUCAUAGGGAGUGAGCAGCCUCUGAUAUACAACCUUGUCAAAGGCAAAACCCCAGAGAGUAACCAAGUGGAAGUUUUCAUUGUCAACACAGACUCAGGAAAGCUCAAGUUAGCCAAACGACUUGACUUUGAAACCACUAAAUGGUACCUGCUUACGCUGCAGGCACAAAGCAACCUAGACCCCAGUGAUGUGAUAACUACAGCCAACCUCCAUAUUCAGAUUCAAGACGUGAAUGAUAACAGUCCACAGUUUGAAUCCGACACCUACAGAUCAUUUGUUGUUGAGAACCUACCCAAAGGAACCACAGUGAUUCAGGUGAGGGCUACCGAUCUAGACUCAGGAAUGAAUGGCAAGGUUUCAUACAAUCUGGAUCAGAAACAAAACACUGUAGAGGUCCUGGGGCUGUUUGCUGUAGAUGAGGAGUCAGGUUGGGUCACAACACUGAAGGAUUUAGACUGGGAGAAGCAGGACCGGUACUCAGUUGUAGUACUGGCUACAGACAGAGGGCCGGAUGGGAGGCUGAACGCCACUGCCAUAGUAGAGGUGAAUGUUGUGGACGUAAAUGACAGUCCCCUGCACUUCGUGGAGGAUGUGUUUAGGGGCAGCGUCAGUGAGGACAUCCCCGUUCCUAGCAGGGCCAUAGCAAUCCUGAGGACCACUGCCAGAGACCCUCAAGACCUCAAUAAGCAAACCUACUGUUUCAUCACAGGGGGAGAUCCAGAGGGUCAGUUUGGCCUGGAGUCCUCUCAAGGGGAGUGGACGGUGGUGGUGAGGAGAGCUUUGGACAGGGAGAAAAGGGACAGCUACUGUUUGAAUGUCACUGCUACCGACGGAAUGUCUGUAACAUCAGCCACUGUGGAGAUCAGUGUCCUCGAUACCAACGACAACAGUCCUGUCUGUGAGAGGCACCUUUAUACCCAGACUGUCUCUGAGGACACUCCGGAAGGAAGGCUGAUCCUGUGGGUCUCGGCCACCGAUGCAGACAUCCAAUCCAACGCUCAGAUCUCAUACACACUGUCUGGAGAUGGAGCUGAUUACUUCAGCCUUGACACCGACACAGGUGAGCUGAGAACCCUGUUGCCAUUGGACCGUGAGGAACGGGACGCGUACAGUUUAGUGGUGCGAGCGGAGGACGGGGGACAACGCUACUGUCAGGCUGAUGUGGUGAUCACCGUGGGAGACGUCAACGACAACGCUCCGGAGUUCACAGCCGACCCCUACACUGCCAGUGUCUUUGAAAAUACCCAGAUAGGCACUUACGUGGCGCAGACACAGGCCAAAGAUCUGGAUGCAGGAAAGAACAGCAAGGUCCUAUAUUCCUUUGAGGACUCAGCCAACGGCCAGUUUUCCAUCCAGCGGCAAUCAGGGCUGAUCAGUUUGGCCCAACCCCUGGCAAAGGGAGCACAGCCUGGGUACACUCUGCGUGUCCGGGCCACGGACCAGGGCACACUCAGAAGACUGUCCUCUAUUUGCUCCGUCAUAGUUUCUGUACUUAGCACCAACGACAGACCCCCCACUUUUCAAAAAAGGGACUAUGGCGUCACAGUAGCUGAAGACGUCACCGUAGGAACCCCGGUGAUCAGGGUUUAUGCGGCUAGCGGAGACCCCAAGGUCCCCUCUGACAUCACCUAUUCCAUUGUCAAUGGCAACGAGCAUGGGAUGUUCAGCAUCAACCCACACACAGGUGACAUAUUUGUGAUCAAGGUUCUGGAUUACGAAGCGUAUCAUGUACAUUAUUUGACUGUGUGCGCCUCGGCCAAUGGGACGGGCCGAAGUGACGUUGCCACGGUCGCGGUCUACUUGACAGAUGUCAACGACAACUCUCCUGUCUUCAGCCAGGAGGUGUACUCUGCUGUGAUCGGUGAAGAUAUUGACGUGGGUUUGACAGUGGUGGCUGUGAUGGCCAAUGACAUCGAUGGUUCCUCCAACAACCACAUCCACUUCUCCAUCGCCAAGGGCAACCAGGGCGGGCACUUCACCAUAGACGCGGUCAACGGCGAGGUGAAGGUCAUCCUCCCUUUAGACAGAGAAAAGGUGUCUGCGUACACUCUGACGGUACGGGCCUCAGACAGUGGAAAUCCCCCCAGAUCCAGCAGUGCCCUGAUUCACAUCAAUGUGUCUGAUGUGAAUGAUAACGCGCCUGUGUUUUCUCAGGCCGACUACAACCUUGUCAUCCAGGAAAAUGUCCUGGUAGGGACCAGUGUACUCCAGCUUACUGUAACAGACCGGGACGCAUCCCACAAUGGCGCCCCAUUCUCUUUUACCAUCCUGGGGGGAGACGAGGAAGGUUCCUUUAUGAUUGACCCCCAAGGGACCCUAAGGACCACCAGACGGCUGGACCACACAGUAAAGGACCUCUACACACUACACACACAGGUGUUAGACAGUGGUCGACCCCCGAUCCAGGCCUCAACCCUAAUCACCAUCAGGGUGAUCCAGGAGAGCCUCCACCCCCCUGCAGUGUCCCCCCUGGACAUACUCAUCUCCACCCCAGGAGAGGUGUACCCGGGAGGGGUUCUAGGUCAGAUCCACGCCACUGACCAGGACCUUUAUGACGCCCUGACCUACCACCUCCAGGCCGACACCGCCGACACGCCGUUCUCCCUCUCCUCCUCAGACGGCCGUCUCGUAACCCGGCCGGGUCGGUCCCUCCGACUGGGCCGCUACCUGCUCAACGUUACCGUUAGCGACGGACGCUUCAUCGCGUCGACCAACGUCAGCGUGCACGUGCGCCAGGUGACGAGGCGCGUGCUGGAGCGCUCCGUGGCCGUCCGCCUGGCCAGCGUGGCUCCUGAGGAGUUCAUAGGGGAGCACUGGAGGGCCUUCCUGAGGGUGCUGCACGCGGUGGCUGCCGUCCGGAGGAGUGAGAUCCAGCUGGUGAGCCUGCAGCCGGCUGAGCCCCCGGGCAGCCUGGAUGUCUUGUUGGCUCUGGAGCGCUCCAACUCCAAGGACGGGCUCCUCCUCCUUAAGCUCAACGCCUCCGUGGGAGCCAUCCAGGAGGCUACAGGCCUCAGCAUCAUUAGGGUGUUCAGGAAGCUGUGCGCAGGCAUGAACUGUCCGGCCAGGCUCUGCAGCGAGAUGGUCAGCCUGAACCAGAACUCCCUGACCACUUACAGCACAGCGAGGUUCAGUAUCAUCACCCCAACCCAUCACCGGUCUGCUGUGUGCCUCUGCAAAGGUGGUGAGUGUCCUGUGUUGAUGAAGACGUGUGAGGGGAAGCCCUGCCCUGAGGGAUUGAAUUGUGUGGCCAAUCAGAGGGAGGGAGGAUUCAGCUGUGUCUGCCCACCUGAUAAACUGGCAGGAUGCCCAGGAAGCCACUCUCUGUGGUUCAGCGGGAAAGGCUACAUCAGGUACCGUCUGAUGGAGAACCGGUACAGAGACGAAAUGAAGCUGUCUCUCAGACUGAGAACACUGUCCCAACAUGGUACUGUCAUGUCAGCCAGAGGAACAGACUACAGCAUCCUACAGAUAGUAGCUGGCCGGCUGCAGUACCAGUUUGACUGCGGCAGCGGCCCAGGCCUCAUCUCCAUCCACAGUGCCCAGGUCAGUGAUGGCCAGUGGCACACCGUAUCCCUCCAAAUGGAUGGGAACUAUGCCAAGCUGGUCCUAGAUCAGUUCCACACAGCCUCUGGCACGGCACCGGGCACCCUCUGCACCCUCAACCUGGAUGGAAGCCUGUUCCUGGGUGGAGUUUCUGAGUUUGAUCAACAGAGGGCAGCAUUGACUGCCUUACAGGAUUUCCCAGUCCCUCACGGUCAUGAUCUACAGGGCUGUAUGGAGGCAGUCAGAUUUAAUGGUCACGAGCUGACCCUGGGUCAGGAGACCCAUGCCCAGGCCUAUGCCAUAGUAGAGGAGGUGGUUGGGGUGACAGCAGGCUGUGGGGCCACCAUCCCUGUCUCAGACUGCUCCUCUGAGCCCUGUGUGAAUGGAGGAACCUGCUCCUCUCUGCCUCAUGGAGGUUUUGUCUGUAAAUGCACUGCCUUGUUCAGUGGGCCACGCUGUGAGGUGGCAGCUAGCCCCUGUUCCUCUAACCCCUGCCUGUAUGGAGGAACCUGUGUCCUGGACAACCACAAGUUCUUCUGCCAGUGUAGAGGGCAGUACUCUGGACCAAGGUGUGAGGUUGGGCCGUACUGUAAAUAUAACCCCUGCAAAAACAAAGGCCGCUGUAUCGACAGUCUGGAUGGGGCUGUGUGUGAGUGUGAGCCUGGUUUUCAGGGAGAGCGGUGCCUUGGGGAUGUUGAUGAGUGCAUGCAGAAGACAGAGAGUCCCUGCUUUAACGGAGGUGUGUGUGUUAACACCUACGGCGCCUUCAACUGCAGCUGUGUGCAGGGGUUUGCUGGGCCCCAGUGUGAGCUGGACGUGGUAGACAAAAAGGAGCUCCAGUCCACCAGCUGGUCCAUCCGCCUGGAGGAGCUCCUGGGACUGGCCAUGUUCCUGGUCAUCAUCUUUGGCCUGGCACUGCUCUUUGUUGCUGUCCAGAAGAGGGCCAAACAGGAUGAAUCUGAUGAAGAUGAGGUGCUAUAUCUCUAUGAUGAAGAUGAUAAAGACUUCUUUGGAAGGGCCCGCCUGGAGGUCAAGCCCAGUCAGGGAGUGCAGGUCAACUUGGAUGUUCCACCAGAGGUCCCAGUGAGACCGGUCUCCUACACCCCUAGUUACCCCAGGGACUCCCAGCCCGACCUGAACGGAGGUUUCUGCGAGGGCCCUGAAUUGGUACAGCCCACAGAUUACUGCCCCUUCAUCCCUGAACCUGACCCCGUGCCCAUCCUGAGGAGGGGGUUGGCGGUGUGCAGCGUGGCUCCGAUCCUGCCACGCCGGCCAACCUCCACCAGUCCCUCAGAUGCCGACUCCACCCAGAAACCAGUCUCGGUCUACCCCAUUGAUGAAGAGCUAGCGGAACUGGAUGGAGAAGACCAGAGAAACCAAGGCAGAACCCAUCGUUUCCCGCUCCUCUGCUCUGACCAAUCCAGAGAUGAAAACGGAUAUCACUGGGACACAUCAGAUUGGAUGCUCUACGGUAGUGUUCGGCAUCCUGUAGACCAGGAGGUGUUGCAGUGGAGAUGCAUGGAAAGACAUGUCCCGCCCUGCACCGACCCUGAUCUCCUUAAACCAGGCUACUAUGAAGGAGGCCCUGAUACUGAGAAGGUCUCCUCUCCACCAGCUGAUCUGGAUCAAGUACCCCUGUCACCUCUCUUAGGCUUGAGCAGUGGUUAUGAUGACACCCUGCUGGACAUACCAGGCCACCCAAACACACAUUUCACCUGCAGCCAGCAGGGUCAAAGAAAUGACCAGAACCAUCUCUACCCCAUAGACAGGCCCAUAGGCUAUAACCCAGGAGUCGACAUGGUUCAGAUAGGGACAAACCAUGACCCCUUUGAGAUAAGAGGGGGACAGAAACAUAGCAGCAGGUCUGACCUCCCAGGCUUGGGUGAGGGGUCAGAGGUCAGGGGUCAGAGUAACCAGCCGAGCUGUGACGCAGGCUUGUUUCCCAAGCCCUAGCUCUGGACAUGUGGUCUCUGACAAGCGACUGAAAUUAAAUUGAAUGUAUAGAAUUUAAAGACAGACCCUACAGCUCAGUGCUUUGGCUCUCUUUUGAAAACACCAGAGGUUUGGAAUGAUGCUCUACCCUUUGACCUGUUGAUCUUAAAUGUCACAACAGACCAGAGAGAUAUUCUUACAGAGAUCCUGAACUUCAAAAACAAUGUGUCCUUGUUAAGAUUGACAGUAUUUUUGUACAUCACACAUAAACAAAUUGUGAAUGCUAUGUGAUUUCUGAACAAAAAGCUCGCACUAUGUCUUUUUGGAAUGGCUAAUACUGUAAAUUCCAUACAUACCUGCGUAUUCAUAUUAGUGACAUUGCAUUGCAUGAAGCUUAUGUCAGAGUAAAACUGAUUAUAUUCCAGUUAGCUAUUUGCUUGUACAAUAAACUUUUCUAUGAAUGAUU